UGUGUCUCAACACAUUUUGUGUUGAAUGUUUUGUUGUUAGUUGUUGGAGGUGGCGGAUUCCAUUAUGGUAGAAAUUUAUUUCUGAGUGGUGUGUGCAGAAAGAGAGAAAAAAAGUGGUAAUGGCAGAUGCUAUGGAUUUGAGUUCUAAAGCAAAGGAACUAGACAUGGAGGAUUCAUUCCAUGAGAAGAAACACGUGAAGAAGUUCGUAAUUGCAUGUGCAGUUCUGGCCUCUAUGAACUCCAUCUUGCUUGGCUAUGAUGCGGGAGUGAUGAGUGGUGCCGUUAUAUUCAUACGCAGAGACCUAGGCUUGAAUGACGUGCAGGUUGAGAUGCUGAUUGGAUCGCUGAACUUGGUAUCUCUAGUGGGCGCCGCCCUUGCGGGAAGAACCUCGGACGCCGUGGGGCGAAGGUGGACAAUGGCCCUUGCAGCUCUCAUAUUCCUUCUGGGCUCCGUCGUCAUGGCCGUGGCGCCAACCUUCGCGUGGCUCAUGGUGGGCAGACUUCUCGGCGGAUUAGGAGUCGGCUACGCUCUGCUCAUAGCGCCAGUCUACACCACAGAAGUGGCUCCGGCCGCCUCGAGAGGCGCGCUCACAUGCUUUCCCGAGAUUUUCAUCAACGUGGGCAUUUUUAUCGGCUAUAUCUCAAACUAUGCUCUGAAAGGCCUUCCGGAUCAUCUCAACUGGAGGGUGAUGCUCGCAUUAGGCGUCGUGCCGCCCAUUUUCCUGGGCAUAGGCGUGCUCGCCAUGCCGGAGAGUCCGAGAUGGCUGGUCAUGAAAGAACGCAAUGACGAUGCUUUGAAAGUUCUGCUCCGGACCUCCGAGUCCCGGGCAGAGGCGCACGAAAGGCUUGCUCAGAUCGCGGAAGGCAUUACGUACGCCCGCCAAAAGACGAGAAAUAGCGGCGGUGGCGGCGGGAGCAUGCAAUCGUCCGGCGAGGGGACGUGGCGAGAGAUUUUUCGGGCGACGGCGCCCGUGAGACGGAUGCUGAUCAUUGCGCUGGGCUUGCAAUUCUUUCAGCAGGCGGGUGGAAUCGACGCCACGGUGUACUAUUCCCCCACGACGUUCAAGGCUGCGGGGAUGAAAAGCCAGGGUGCAGUCCUCGGGGCCACCAUGGCCGUGGGCUUUGCCAAGGCCGGAUUUGUCAUUGUGGCGGCUGUUUUGAUCGAUCGAGUUGGGCGAAGGCCCCUGCUGCUAACCAGCGCAAUUGGGUCCACGGUUUCUUUGCUUGUAUUGGCUCUGUCUUUGCAGUUCAUAGGAAAUGCGCCUGGUGCUGCACACCAAGCCGCUGGGUAUUUGGCCGUCAUUGCGGCUUGCGGGAACGUGGCGUUUUUCUCUAUCGGAAUGGGGCCCGUGAAUUGGGUGCUCGGGUCGGAGAUUUUUCCGCUCCGGCUUCGGGCAAAGGCCGCAAGCCUUGGCGUCGGAGUGAACAGAACUUUGAGCGGCGUGGUGUCCGUAAGUUUUCUCAGUCUGACAGAUGCGAUUACUGUACCCGGGGCUUUCUUUUUGUUCGCCGGUGUUUCGUUUCUGUGUUCGGUGUUUAUCUAUUUCCUUGUGCCAGAGACUAAAGGGAAGACCUUGGAAGAGAUUGUGGCCUUUUUUCACAUUGGGCACGAGCACGAAACGCUGGGUUCGUCUCAGGUUGAGAUGGGGAACAGUGCCAGUACUGUUCAGACAGCUGUGAAGUUAAAAGAUGGGAGCGAACAAACAGGUGAGAAGCUGAAAGAGGGCAGUAAUACUCAGGAAGCAUGAUAAUAACAAAAUCUGUACCAUGCUGAUACUUUUCUGGUGCCGUGUCCAGAGAGAUCUCUGAGACACUCUAUUUUACUGCGUGGCGUUUGUGAAUUUUGCCUGUGACAGUUGUCGCUUCUUUAAACUUUACUCGUGGAGGGGUGAUCUUUAUCUUGUGCUUCGUAUAAAUGGUUAUAUAGUUUCAAUUCUGUCUCUGCACUGACAGAGCAUUAAGCACGGGAUAUAAAGCUUUGAUGCAGGUUUUUGUUUUUUCCUGUAACAUUGAUCAUAGCUGCGAUACAUAUAAGAAAAAAAAAGCAUAUAGCUCAGAUCUCAGAGACAGGGCUCUAUAAGUCUAGAUUUGGUUGGAAGAAUAUAUUUUAAAUUUUAUUUUGUUGGAGGGUUCAUUUAAAUUUAUAUAUAAUAAAUAAGUUUUUUUUGGAG